AUGCUACUUACUCCACCAAGCGAAGCAGGGGAUAGAGAAAUCAUUGAGAUCCUUUUAGGUGCUGGAGCUAUGAAAUCCAGAGAUAUCACCCUCUCUGCCAUUUCUAGCAAUCAAAACCCUAUUGACACCUCCGCAACAGCAGAGACGCAUCAAUCUCAACCCAACAAUCUGGUCGAGUACUUCAAGUUUCUAAAGGGCAGGGACCCUCCCGGCGAAGCACAGGGCACGCUACUGGUUAUAGCUGUUCUUGUUGCAACUGCAACAUUUCAAGUUGGAGUCAGUCCUCCAGAAGGAGUUUGGCAAGAUAGUAAUAUAGCAGAUCAAAGCAAUAGCACUAGCAGCAACCCAAAGCACCUUGCUGGUCAGUCCAUUUUGGGUACUACUGAUGGAGUUGCUUUUGCCGUCUUCGUACUUUUCAACACAAUUGGGUUUUCUGUAUCUCUUUGCAUGAUCAGGACCCUCACAUGUAGACUUCCCAUGCAAUUUGAGCUACAAAUAUGUUUCAUGGCAAUGUUCGCCACUUACAACACCGCGUUGAUAAACAUUACACCAGAUAAGCUCAGUCUCUUUGUGGUUUUAACCACAGCAAUUUUAACUUCAACCAUAUCCAUUGUAGCCAAGUUGGCAAAACAACUUAUAGAGAAGCUUAGAAAAUUCACUGGCGACACAGCCUGCGGAGUGCUUGAGGCUGUUCUGAAUCGCCGAAGUUAUAGUUAA